CGGGUGACGAGUUUCUGUUAUUUUUAUACUCAAAAGAAGAUUGUUGUAGAGCAAUGAGUGAUGUUAAGGAAAGUUCGUGUAGGCUUUGCAUUAAAUCUAUAAUAGAUACAAAUUUUGAAGUGGUAGACAACGUUAUCAGAGACAUUUUGGAUGUUCUUUUGCCGAAAUUGAAAUUUGAUAACGAGAACAAAGAGGUUAUAUGUAGCGUUUGCAGAAGAAAAUUAUAUGCGGCAUUAGAAUUUAAGUCGGCUUGUCUGAAGACCGAUUACACAAUUAUUCCAUAUUUGGAUUGUGAGAAAAUGUUACAGCUCGAUAUAAGAGAUGUGUAUACGAAGGAAAAGACAAGCGAGUCAAUGGAUAUUUCAGAUAGUCAGAAAAUAUGUCGAUUGUGUAUGGAGCCAGUAGAUAGUGAGUUUAGGUGUAUACGUGAAGAGGAACUUGAAGCUAUCGAGAAACUGGCUCCUGAACUGAUUAUAAACAUCGUCAAAGAUCCCGUUAUAUGUAAGGAAUGCUUUGGUUCUGUGUGCACUCACAAUAAUUUCCUAAAAGAUUGCUUAGAAGUGGAAGAAAAAAUUAAAAGUAUUUUUGAUAGUUCAGUCUCACGAAGUCAAAUAGAUACGUCUCCACUUGAUUUACUCGUUAAGACUGAAAACUUGGACAAAGAAUUCGAUAGUAACAAAAUAGAAAUGUCAAUUAAAGCUGAAAAUAUCGACAUAAAAUCGGAAGAUGAGGAAAGGAGCGACACGCCACUGCAGUGCUCCGAUAAGAUGCCAUUCGAGGAGAGUGUCUGUAAAAAUGAAGAAGAGGUUGGAUAUAAACAGCAGAAUGGAUCAGAAAUGAAAACCAAGCAGGAGCGCAAAGUAUUAUACAAAUGUGAUAAAUGCAUUUACGAAACUGGAAGUGAGAUCCCUUUUACCGCACACUUUGUGAGACACGAGAACGAUUCGGAAGUGUAUAAAUGUGAAUCGUGUGAGUAUAAAACUGAAAAUGAGAAAUCACUUCAGAGGCACCUGUCGAGGCAUAAAGAUCCUUUGCAGAUUCAAAUGUACAAGUGCAAAGACUGCGAUUUCGAAACUAAAUACAAAAGUAAUGUGAAAAAUCACCAACUCAAACAUAAAGAUCCUUCGCAGGUUCAAAUGUAUAGGUGUAAUGACUGCGGUUACAAAACUAUAAACAAGAGUCAUAUCAAACGGCACCAACUGAAACAUAAAGAUCCUUCGCAGGUUCAAACGUAUAGGUGUAAUGACUGCGAUUACGAAACUAUAAACAAGAGUCAUAUCAAACGGCACCAACUGAAGCAUAAAGAUCCUUCCCAGGUGCAAUUGUACAGGUGUAACGACUGCGAUUACGAAACUAAAUACAAGGAUGAUAUGAAAAAACACCAACUGAAACACAAAGAUCCUUCGCAGGUUCAAAUCUACAGGUGUACCGACUGCAGUUACGAAACUAAAUACAGCAGAAAUAUAAAAAGACACCAACUGAAGCAUAAAGAUGCUUCCCAGGUUCAAAUGUACAGGUGUAACGACUGCAGUUACGAAACUAAAUGCAGCAAAGAUAUGAAAGGACACCAACUAAAGCAUAAAGAUCCUUCGCAGGUUCAAACGUACAGGUGUAAUGACUGCGAUUUCGAAACUAAAUACAAAAAUAAUAUUAAAAAGCACCAACUGAAACAUAAAGGUCCUUCGCAGCUUCAAAUGUUCAAGUGUAACGACUGCGAUUUUGAAACUAAAUACAAGAGUGUUAUUAAUAAGCAUCAACUGCAGCAUAGAGAUCCUUCCCAGGUGCAAUUGUACGGGUGUAACGACUGCGAUUACGAAACUAAAUACAAGGGUGAUAUGAAAAAACACCAACUGAAACACAACGAUCCUUCGCAGGUGCAAAUGUUAGAAGUGACGAUUGACGAGUUUGUAUUCUUUUUAUACUCAAAAGGAGAUUGUCGUAGAGCAAUGAGUGAUGUUAAGGAAACUUCGUGUAGACUUUGCAUUAAAUCUAUAAUAGAUACAAGUUUUGAAGUGGUAGACAACGUUAUCAGAGACAUUUUGGAUGUUCUUUUGCCGAAAUUGAAAUUUGAUAACGAGAACAAAGAGGUUAUAUGUAGCGUUUGCAGAAGAAAAUUAUAUGCGGCAUUAGAAUUUAAGUCGGCUUGUCUGAAGACCGAUUACACAAUUAUUUCAUAUUUGGAUUGUGAGAAAAUGUUACAGCUCGAUAUAAGAGAUGUGUAUACGAAGGAAAAGACAAGCGAGUCAAUGGAUAUUUCAGAUAGUCAGAAAAUAUGUCGAUUGUGUAUGGAGCCAGUAGAAAGUGAGUUUAGGUGCAUACGUGAAGAGGAACUUGAAGCUAUCAAGAAACUGGCUCCUGAACUGAUUAUAAACAUCAUCAAAGAUCCCGUUAUAUGUAAGGAAUGCUUUGAUUCUGUGUGCACUCACAAUAAUUUCCUAAAAGAUUGCUUAGAGGCGGAAGAAAAAAUUAAAAGUACUUUUGAUCAUUCGGCCUCACGAAGUCAAAUAGAUACGUCUCCACUCGAUUUAUUUGUUAAGACUGGAAACUUGGACAAAGAAUUCGAUAUUAACGAAAUAGAAAUGUCAAUCAAAGCUAAAAAUAUCGACAUAAAAUCGGAAGAUGAGGAAAGGAGCGUCACGCCGCUGCAGUGCUGCGAUAAGGUACCAUUCGAGGAGAGUGUCUGUAAAAAUGAAGAAGAGGAAGGAUAUAAACAGCAGAAUGGAUCAGAAAUGAAAAUCAAGCAGGAGAGCAAAGUAUUGUACAAAUGUGAUAAAUGCAUUUACGAAACUGGAAGUGAGAUCCGUUUUAUGGCACACUUUGUGACACACGAGAACGAUUCGGAAGUGUAUAAACGUGAAUCGAGUGAGUAUGAAACUGAAAAUGAGAAAUCACUUCAGAGGCACCUGGCGAGGCAUAAAGACCCUUCAAAGGUUCAAAUGUACAAGUGUAACGACUGCGAUUACGAAACUAAAUACAAGGCUUGCAUCAAACGGCAUAAACUGAAACACAAAGAUCCUUCGCAGGUUCAAAUGUACAGAUGUAAAGACUGCGAUUACGAAACUAAAUACAAGGAUUGUAUCAAAAAGCACCAACUGAAACAUAAAGAUCCUUCACAGGUUCAAAUGUACAAGUGUAAUGCCUGCAAUUACGAAACUAAAUACUUCAAAUAUAUGAAAGGACACCAACUAAAGCAUAAAGAUCCUUCGCAGGUUCAAACGUACAGGUGUAACGAGUGCGAUUUCGAAACUAAAUACAA